AUGGUUUAUAUAUCACUGCGAAGCCUGCUAGGCCUCGCAUGUCUAAGCUUGCCAAUCAUCGCCGAAGCAGCCUCAGCACCCGCGGAGCCUUCAGCCUCGCCAGCUGCAGACACAGAUCUUAUCUGUCCAACCAAUCAUGCAGGAGAUUGCUAUCCGCGAGUCUUUCAAGCAACCGAGGAUUUCCAAAUCAUAAGAGAUGGACAGGAUAUACCAUCCGGACUCCACGUACGGUUGAAUGUCUAUACCGGAGAGAGGGAGGCUCGGCUCAACAUACCCAUGGAAGGUGAGGACGGCGCAACAAUAGAAGAAGCCCCUACCGAACAAGCCAUGGUAGUUGUAGAGCAGCCGGAACCAGAAAGUGAAGAAUAUCCAGCCCUUCGGGAUCAAGUCCCGCAAAAGCCACCACCUUACGAGGCAGCUGGUAAGAUCCGGCCGCCUGAACCCACCGAUGGAGGCGAAAUCGGGACAUUCAACAAAGCCAAGCUCAUCGUAAGCAUGGAAGGACGGGCCUUCGACCCUUCACUCGACGACCUCUCUGAAUUAGCUCAUGACAUCUACUAUGGCGUGGAAAUCGCCAAAGAUGGACCUGUUUUGGAAAAGCUCCUCUGCUUGGCUCUAGGAUCUGGAUCCGACAGAUUCCCCGCUAAGGAGAAUAAGAGAGAUCAUAAAGCUGCGUCAAUUUUGGCGUCAGCUAUUCAGAAUAAUCCCACAGCGUUGGGGGAAGUGGCAAAGAUGGGGAGAAUAGUCCUGUACCCGAAUUGUGGAGCAGAGUUAACUGGGAGUAAAACGAGGGGAGAUGGAGGCUUUGUGAGCAUUCUGAGGAAUAGGUUGGGGAGGGAGAAAGAACCUUCUUCAUUGAAGGCAAAAGUUUCGCUCAUCAGCGGCUUGAUAAAAGAGCCCAGGAUUCGAGACGAGUUCCUGCAAACUGGAGGGAUGGAACUCUUGCUGGCGAUUUGGUUGAAGAAGGGAGAGCAGUGGGACCCUGUGAGGAUGAAAGUUGCCCAGCUUGUCAUGGAUAAUUUAUUGGACGAGAAUAUGGGUGCCACGUUGGGGAUUUGGCCUAAGAAACCGGUUUCUGAGAAGAGUAUCUGUGAGACUAAGGGCAGGAUGUUGGAAGAUGGAUGCUGGGAGUAUCAUGUCGAGAGCUUCUUGGAAGCAUCCCCUGAAUCGUCCUGGGCGGAUGAUUUCCUAAAGAUUCUGCGGGAGCAGAGAGCCAGGCUGGUAAAUCCAAUACCAGACAGGGAAUUGUAG